CUUUUUAUUUGCACCAUCAUCUAUCUAUCUAUUUCUCACAAUCGGACCACCAAUUUCCAAAACCUUUUUUCUCAAACUACAUCUCUCUAACAUCAUGCCUAUGGCCCUAAAACCUCUCUUGCUUCUUGUCUUUGCUGCUAUAAUGACAUUAAUGUCGGUUGCAGAGGCACAAAGUACAGUUGGAAUUGUGCAUGUCAAUGGGACUUUGUAUUGCACAUCAAAUGCUAGUCCUGCCCCCAAUGGAAGUGCAACCCCUGUUUUUCCUAAUGCUACUCUCCAAGUUGCUUGCUCAGCCGAUGUGGUGGCUAAUGCACCCUCCAACACCACCUCCAACACAGACGGCACUUACCGGGUGGUGCUGAUCCCUCGGCCCAAUGCCACGGUUGGUUCAAUCGUCUCCAAUUGCCGCCUCUUUGUUCUUACACCUCUGUCCACAUGCAACCCUACUCUGCCUUCAGCUGGCUUGGUAUCGGACUUGAGAUUCGUCACGACCGUGCCUAAUGGGUUUUGGAGGAUCACCUACAUGGUUGCAGCAGGUUUCGCUGUCCAAGCAAAUUAGUUUGAUAGACGAUUGUUAUUACAAUUAAGUAGCUGCUUGUAAGAAUAAAAGGAUCAUGUAGUCAUUGUGUUAAUGUUGUCUUGUACUAUGUCUGUGAAGUGUCAAGUUGUGUUUGAGCAAAUAGUUGGUAUACAUAGCAAGCUGUGUAAUGUGAAGACUAGAAUUUGUCCAUGAAUAAAUGAGGAUUAUUUCA